AUGAUUCUGUUGAUUUAAAAAAAGCUGUAUGUAGCCAUUUAAUCAACAAAUUAAGUAAAAAAAAGGAAGAUUUAUAAAUAACAGAGUAAGUAUAAUAAUUAAUUCUCGAAUUAAUAUUGCCUAUAAUAAAUAUUUACGAUAAACACGAAGACUUAUCACUCUAACUACUUGCAUGUAUAGCUUUACUUAACAUAUCUUGCUAAAUAAAGGACUCGAAAUUCACUAUUUAAAAAAAUGAUGGUAUAAACAUAGUAUUAUAAAAACUUGAAAGUGUUGAUUAAAAAAUUGUAAAUUAUUCAUUAAAAUUAAUAUAAAACUUAAGCGAAAUUUUUUUAAUUUUAGAAUCUUUUAUUGAAAAAUAAAUCGAAUAAAAGCUUUUAAAUAUACUAACUUAAUAUAAAAAUAUAUCAAAUACUAGAUAUAAUGUAGAUGUUUUAUGUACUUCUAUUUAAUUAAUAAAGCAAUUACUUUCUUAAAAAGAAAUCAUAUUUUCUUAAAUAAUUAAUAAAAGACAUCUUAUAUAUAAUAUGA